AUGUCGCAAACUCCUAAGGCUCCCGUUCUGAACAUUGAACAUCCACCACACGCGAGUCCCAUGAGUGAAGCGAGCAUUAUGGAGGCAGAUGCUCAAAUACCCGCGCCCAAACCUCAUAAUCCUGAACCCCUCCUGUUGUUUCCAGAUACACCCAGCCCGGCGGAAUCAGGUCUCCAGGUCUCCGCCCUGGGACUUCAAAAUCAUGGAAUAACGCCAGCAUUUGCGGAUAAUACCGACCCGCAGAAGUUCGGGACAGCUGUUCAAAUAUCGGCAACUGAGAUCGAGAAUCCAGAACUUCCGCUAGUAUCCGGAGACAACCUAAACCCGAAAAAGAUCGAACCAGCCAUUCGGAUCUCUACUGUGGAAUUUAAUACUCAAACAUCUCGGCCAGUAUCUGCAGAUAAGUAUUCCGGAUUCAGGAAUUCCCAGUUGGAUAUCAAAAUCCCUCCCAUGGGAAAUCAGAAUCUCAAACCUCAGGGUAUUUCCAGCCCGAAAAUGAUUGAUACGAAUGCUCGAGUAUCUUCAGUGGAUCCCAAGAAUCAGGGAUCCUCGCGAGUACGAACUUUGAGUAUUCCCGGUGUUCAAAGCUCGUACACGUAUUGGAGGUCAAUCCGCGAAAACUUUACGAAGAUCCCAAAAAUCCACACGCAGCUAGUCGUAGCAGCUAGUAAAGGAGACGCAAAAAGAGUUUCAGAAAUACUAGAUCAAGAUAUAACCCUCCCUCCACAAGAUAUCACAUAUUGGAAGACGACAUUGCAAGCUGCAGCAGAAGAUGGUCGUUGGGAGGCUGUGGAGUUAUUACUGAAGGUCGGGAGAAAAGUGAAUAAUAGUGCCGAUACUGUGGAUGGUCUUGCUGAAGUAGUAGAUAACGUUGCCACAAAGGGAGAAAUGACUGCUGUGAAAUUGCUACUGAAGGGAAUCGCCGCCAACGGAAAAUCGAAAGAAGGAAAAAGAACUAACUUACAGUUAGCAGCGGGAAAAGGAUACAAGUCAGCAGUGACUUUACUUUUGGAAGAUUCUGAGGUCAACGAAUCCGCACUGGAACAACCCAAAGGGAGGACGGCACUGCAAGCGGCAGCUGAGGGCGGGCACGAAGAAAUAGUAAGGCUUCUGUUGGACAAGGGGGCAAAUAUUAACGCACCACCGGCACAAUAUAAGGGGAGAACAGCGCUGCAAGCAGCAGCUGGAGGAGGAUAUCAGGAGGUGGUGGAGCUUCUGUUACAAAUGGGCGGAGACGCUCAGAUAAACGCACCCGCAUCAGCAUCUGAUGGGAGAACGGCGCUCCAGGCAGCAGCUGAAAAGGGACACGGAGAUAUAGUGAAGUUGCUAGUGGAACGCGGAGCCGACAUAGACGCCAAACCGUCAGCAAUAGGUGGAAUCAGUGCAAUCGAAGCAGCCAACAAAGGAGAAUACAAGUCUAUAUCAGAGUAUUUCAAGCGUCUGACGACUCAUGGCUUACAUUCGUUCUGCCGGAAUGAUAAACAAGUCGGCGAGGAGUUCCGUAAACUUCUUGACGGCGAAGCUUCGAAAACUAUUAUCAACUCAAGAGAUAGCGCAGGGCAGACCCCAUUACACAUUGCUGCAGUUCGACCUUUCAAAAAUGCCGUUGUUUUAUUGCUGGAAAAGGGGGCAAAAACUGAUAAGACUGAUUUAGACGACCGAAAUCCAUUAGAAUCAACGAUUUUUGAACUACUGAAAGUUCGUGAAUUGACAGCAUUAAAGGCUAUAAAGAAGGAAAUGGAUACGAAAAAGACAAAUUCAGACGCCCAAACCCUUCCAGAAUCCGUGACCUUGACUAGAGCCGAUGGACUACUGGAAAUUAUCUUGCUCUUGCUAAAGCAUGGUGCUGCUCCUCAUGCUCACAACAUCGAUCAGUCCCUUGCUUGGCGCAAAAUAUUUCCCUGCCCAGAGGGUGAAAGCGAUGAAAUCUUUGAGCUAAAAGAGAUACGACAUCCCGAGACCAUCAGCAAGUAG